GUGCUGGUGAACCUGAGAAAGACAAGGGCAAGGACAAGAAAGAGAAGAAGCAGUCUAAGAAGGACAAGAAAAAGAAAAAGAAGCAGACCAGCAGUUCUUCGGAUGACGACACAAGUGAUAGCAGCGAGUCCGUGCAGUGUGACGACCAAGCAGAUGCUUUGUCUGCUUUUGGCCUUUGCAAGAAAGACCUCGUCCGUGGUGAGAACAUGUUGCGAUGGGAUGACUUGAGCUGUCGCCCCUUUGCAUAUGUCUUGUCGUGCAUCACAGAGCAGCUGACAGCCGGAGACGUGUUCGAGCUGGGGGGCGAGCUUGAGCCUCUGCAUGCAUUUGUCAGACGACUGCCCUGCUUUGUACACUCACCCUCAUGUUGA